AUACCACUCAAGACUUCUGUGCAGUGUAAAAUAGAAGAUCAAAAGCAAGUUGGAAUCUUUUCUGAAAAAGUUUGGUCGGCAUUUGAGCACUGUCACAUGCAGGGAACCAGGUACAUGGAGGAUAGCUGACUGUCCAGAUCCAGGGACUUGGGAUUUGCCAUGGAACGGAUAUGGCUGCUGCUCCUUCUAGCGGUUAGAGUGCUUCCAGGGUCUGCUCAGUUCAACAGUUACAACUGUGAUGCCAACCUCCACAGCAGAUUUCCUGCUGAAAGAGACAUCAGUGUCUACUGUGGAGUGCAGGCCAUUACAAUGAAGAUUAAUUUUUGCACAGUCCUUUUUUCGGGUUAUUCUGAAACAGAUUUGGCACUGAAUGGAAGGCAUGGGGAUUCCCACUGCAGGGGCUUCAUCAAUAACAACACCUUUCCAGCAGUGGUCAUUUUCAUCAUUAAUCUCAGCACCUUGGAGGGCUGUGGAAACAACUUAGUGGUGUCCACAAUUCCUGGUGUCGGUGCUUCUGGAAAUGCAACUUCAGUACAGAUAGGAAAUAUUUCAGGAUAUAUUGAUACUCCAGACCCACCAACAAUCAUCAGCUAUCUUCCUGGGCUCCUUUACAAAUUUAGCUGUAGUUAUCCAUUGGAAUACCUGGUUAAUAACACCCAGCUUGCUUCGUCCUCAGCUGCUAUUUCUGUGAGAGAGAACAAUGGAACAUUUGUCAGCACUUUGAACUUGCUCCUUUAUAAUGAUUCGACCUACAGAGAGCAAUUAAUUAUCCCAAGUAUAGGACUACCUUUGAAAACCAAAGUAUUUGCAGCUGUGCAAGCUACUAAUCUGGACGGAAGAUGGAAUGUAUUAAUGGAUUAUUGCUACACAACCCCAUCUGGGAACCCAAAUGAUGAUACUCGGUAUGAUCUCUUCCUUAGCUGUGAUAAAGAUCCUCAGACCACCGUCAUUGAAAAUGGCAGAAGCCAGCGGGGCCGGUUUUCAUUUGAAGUGUUCCGUUUUGUGAAACACAAGAAUCAGAAAAUGUCCACUGUCUUCCUGCACUGCCUCACGAAGCUCUGCAGAGCUGAUGACUGUCCCCUCCUCAUGCCAAUUUGCGGCCACAGAAAAAGGAGAGAUGCUGAGAGGAGGACAACUUGGGUUCCUCAGAGCACUUCCGGAAACGCGGUGCUGUCUGCUGGUCCCAUCAUCACUCGGAGCGAUGAGACUCCAACCAACAAUUCACAGCUUGGUUCCCUGAAUGUGCCUCCCUUCCAGCUGAAUGCCAUCACCAGCUCCCUGAUAUCAGGAAUGGUCAUUCUGGGAGUCAUGAGCUUCGCCCUCCUCUUGUGCUCACUGACCCUGCUACACAGAAAGGGAUCCAGCAGCUUGGUGUUGAAUGGUGUGAGAAAUCCUGUGUUUGAGUGACGAGGACUGGUUCUCCCAGAAGACUUCAUUGACUACCCCAUGGGACUGUGAUCAGAAAUCCAUCUAAAUUGAACACCAGCCACAUUUGAGAUUUUUUUUUUUUAGUUUAGCUUAGGCUGUAGCUCAUGAGGGUUAAGAUAGUGAAAGAAUUUUGAUGCUGUUGCUACUGCCACUGUGUAGGUGGCCAACCCUAUUUUCCUAUCAGCAAUGGGAACAUUGACAAUAAAUACAAAUAUUCAGGAUGUAGAUAUUAAAAGGUCAGUUGUUUCUCACUUUAUUUGUGAUUUCUGUAGAUUGUUGAUGUAAGAGGUAAAUGUAAGCACAGGGGAAAAAUGAAUUUGUUGCAUUUUCUGCUACGUAGUUAAGCCCAAUACAACAAUAUUAAAUUGUGUAUCUGUUCCCAAAAUGGAAGUUACUUUUGUUUUAUUACAGGUAAUUCCAGCUUAAGGCAACAUUUUAAUGGGGCACCUGAGAUUUAACUACUAUUUCUAUUGACUUACUUGUGUCAUGGGUUGAUUUUUAUUCCUGAUGACAUUUAUUUAAAAAGAAAACACCAAACAAAACUAAAAUACUCUUGGGAAAUGCAUUUGUAAAACAAAUAGUAAAAGUAUUUGUUAAUGUCCAAAGAAUACAGAGUGUCCCAAAAAAACUUAUUCUUUUGAAUACAAAUGGCUGUGAGACCUUGGUCCUGGUCCAUAUGAGAACAUCAGUACAGGUUGGUCCUUCUGCCAGGUGAACACUCAGCUUCUGUGUGUCCAGCAUCAAGGGCACUAUGGAAAGGCUAUUCUUGAUUUAGAAGUCAUUGCAUAAGAAGAGGACAUUGUCAGCACCAUACAAGCAUGAUGUUCCCAUUAGAGUUUUCUAACAAGCCAGCAUCCUUUUUAUCCCAGAACAAAGAGGACAUGCAGAUCAAGUGAACUUUGCAGAACAUUUUAGGAGCCAACAUAAAAAUGCCAUUCCUUUGUCCUAAGCUUUUUAUGACAAGUGGGGAAAUAAAUGGUCCAAAGGGGCUUUCUUUAUAAGAUGUCAUUUUCUUAGAUGUGAUGUUCAGUAUGGAAUGAACAGUAGCUUCCUCUAGUAUGAAAUAGUGAGAGCAUUUGAUCCUUUAACAGUUUUGCAAAAAUAUUUUAAAUCCUAUUUUUAAACAAUACACGUUUAACACAAAAGCAAUAUAAAAGUCACAGUGAUUUUUUUUUAUGUUCAAAUUAUUCCCGCAAGUGAACAAAUAUUUUAUUUAUUUAAUUC